CACUGUGGUUAUCGUUUCCCGAGAAAUCGCCAUCGCGACGUAAAUGGACGCACUGAGCGGCGGCGCCGGUGGAUUAUGGGGAUGGAGCGAAUUCUGUCGCCGGAGAAGGCUCGACUCUUCCGGAAAGAGAAGCAAACGACCGAAUUCGGGUUCGUCGGAUUCCGUCGAGGUGAGGAGUGACUCCGGUUACCGCUUCCCCUUGAAGCAAGCCCUAACGGCGGGUUUUCUCACUCUAACCGGCGACACAAUCGCUCAGAUCUCUGCGGGUUGGAAAAAGAGACAAGCACUUAUGCAAUCGUCUUGUGUCUCCGGUGUUUCUGGCUCUGACGAGGGCGAACUGUGGAACAUUUUCUUAGAACACGAUUGGAUUCGUGCACUAAGGAUGGCUUCCUAUGGGUUUCUUUUGUAUGGUCCUGGUUCUUAUGCAUGGUAUCAGUACCUUGAUCAUUGCUUGCCAAAACCAACCGUGGGGAAUGUAAUGCUUAAGGUUGUGCUUAACCAAGUAGUCCUUGGUCCAUCAGUGAUCGCUGUUAUUUUUGCGUGGAACAACCUUUGGCUAGGGAAGCUUUCUGAGCUUGGAACAAAGUAUCAGAAAGAUGCUCUUCCAACCCUUCUGUUUGGCUUUCGAUUCUGGAUUCCCGUUAGCGUACUUAACUUUUGGGUAGUGCCUCUUCAAGCCCGCGUAGCUUUCAUGUCCGUGGCCUCCAUAUUCUGGAACUUCUACUUAUCUUCAACAAUGAGCAAGUAGAUACAUAUGUGCCUGGAGAGCAAUCAAUCACUAAUAAUGAAAGUUUCCAUCACUCGAUAAAGGAGAAGCAGACUCAAGAUGGAGCCUACUUAAAUUCCAUGUCAACUCUUUCAGGGUUUCGAUAGGAUCGGGUUUUAGGAUUUACGUGGUCUAAAAAUUUAUGUUAAGGGAAGCCUAGAAAUCCGAUACACAGGUGAACAAUGCUUCUGUCAUAACUCUGUUGCUUCUCUUCAUGAAUUGAAUGUAUUGUUAAUCUUCACUCAGAUUAAUCCAGUACAUUGUUGGGAUAAUA